AUGCUGAUAUCUGUGGGCCAUGCUGCCAUCGAGGGCCAUGUUGGGUCUAUGAUCCUUCUGCAGCCAGGGGCCAAGUUGAUGUCCAUGGUUUUUGAAGUUUUCCUUGAUUCUCAGGAGCUCGGCCAGUUUAUAAUGACUGUAUUGGACAGCCUGAAGAGUCUGCCACAUCCCUGUAUCCAGCAAACAGCAGGAGAGUUGCUGAUAACUUUGGUGAAGAGUGCAGAGGCUCGGUUUGAAAAGGUGCCAGAAAUAAUAGGCGUGAUCUGUGCCCGGCUGUCAAUAAUCACCCUGACCAGUGUCCGGCAACAAAUCAUAAAUACCGUGAGUUUGUUUGUCUCCAGACCUAAGUACACAGAUACAGUACUCAGCCACCUUUUAUGUCAUCCAGUCCCGUAUGACAGGCAUUUGGCUGAAUUGUGGAGAACUCUGGAGAUAGAGCUGUCCAACACGACCUGGGUCCUAUGGAGGCUCCUGAGGAAGCUGCAGAAAUGCCAUGAGGGACCCACUCAGGAGAAGAUGGCCUAUGUGGCUGUCGCUGUAACAGAUGCCCUUUAUGAGGUGCUUAUGGGAAACAAACUUCGAGCAGCUGCAUUCCGACUCUUUCCUCAGCUUUUGAUGACACUGCUCAUCCAGAUUCACCACAGCAUCGGCCUCACCAUGUCUGAUGUCAGCAUCCCAAGUGGCCUGUAUGCAGAGCAGGAAAUACCAACGGAGGUUACACCUUUGUGCUUCGCCAUACAAGCUACAAAGACUCUCCUCCUCAGAACACUGUGCUGGCAGGAAUUCAGCAUCAUGGAAAAGAACGGUGGAUGGACCCUUCUGAAGGGAGAAGGCCAUCUUCAGGGAGUGUUUCUCCUUGCAAAUGCCCUGAUGGAAAGAAGUCGCCUCUUUGCAUCUAAGAUCAUGUACUUGCUGGUCCCUUUGAUUAACCGAGGGAAUGACAAACAUAAACUCACAUCUGCAGGCUUUUUUGUGGAGCUCCUUAAGAGUCCGCUGGCCAGGAGACUGCCCAGGUUAUACUCUACUGUCCGCCUGAAAACCUGGCUGAAUGAAGAGAGUAAGCUCUUCAGGAUCCUCGGACUGAGGGGACUGUGCAAUCUUAUCAGACACCGGGAGAUGAGAGAAGACAUCAAAAACCUGCUACCAUGCAUCUUAAAUAGCCUACAUGAGACCGAUGAAAGGAUCAUUUUGUUGGCCAUCCAGAUACUCCUACAGCUUGUCACGAUGUUGGACUCCACCACCUUGGCUAUUAUGAUGAAGACUCUGCUUUCCUUAUUUGGUGAUGUGAGACACGAUGUUCACCGUUUCUCCAUGAUUCUUUUUGGAGCCUCCAUAAAGGCUGUGAAACACACAGAAAAGAAGAGCGUGGAAGAUCGAGUCCUGGAAAGCUUAGUCCCACUACUUCUGUUUUCUCAGGAUGAAAAUGAUGAAAUAGCUAAGGAGAGUAGGCGAGUCCUAACUCUUUGUGCCCGGUUCCUGAAUUGGAAGCUGCCCCGAGAAGUAUACUGCAAAGACCCCUUAUACAUCAAACCAAAUGAAGUUAGAAGGGUCUGCAAAUUCUUUGGAGAAAAAAGCAAGGGGAAGAUAGACAUCCUAGACCAGACACUAAUGUAUUCCAAGGAUCCAAAACUUCCCAUCAGAAGAACAGCUGUCUUGUUUGUAGGGCUCUUAGCACAUUAUGUGGAUACCAAUGAACUCAAGAGGAAGGGCACUGACUGGAUAGAGAACGAUCUGAGAGAACUCUUACAAGAUCCUGAGCCCUCUUUGCGCAUCAUCGCCUCCCAGGCUCUGUUCCGAAUCCAGAGGGUGGGGAGUACAGCAGAAGCAGAGUUAAGCAUGUCCUGGUUGAGGAAGCUCGUGGGCUGUCUUCACACUUAGACUGCAAAGCACAUGACAACAGAUGGAGAAGCUAAGGAAACAAACUUGAAAGUGAUUUGCUCUGGGUCACACAACUAGUAAAUGACAAAGCCAGUACUCAAGUACUCAAGUAUUCUGGCUCCUGCACCCACAUCCUUGGCUAGUUUGUUGUAUUCUUCUCCAAUCUGCUUGUUUUUGCAAAUGGGAAUAAACACAGAUCUGCUCUACA